UUGUUUUCAUACAUGUUUGGUCUAGAUCCAAACAAACCCAAGUAGGGAUUCAAAUUUUGGAGAAAAAACUCCACAAGAAAACAGGAUACGAGUCAUACGAGUGGGUGUCGAACCAAAUAGAAUUCAGAAUACGUGCCUCUUCAGAUGAAUCACAUGAUCAUCAACUAACAAUUAGGGUUUAGAGAAACCCCAACUUUAUCAAGGGUUCAAGCUAACAAUGGCCGAGCUGUGGUGAAACCAAAAUUGUUAUGAUUGGACUCUGAUUGACCUGAAGAACAGAGGAUUUAGAAUCUGGAAAUUGUGAAGUUUUUAUUUUAAGAGAGAAAGAGAGAUCACGGGUUUCAGUUCAUAUGCUGUUCUGAAGCAUUUGAUCGAAAAACAUAAACUCAACAAACAACAAUGGCGAGAUGGUCUGGCGGUUUUAGAUGCUUGCUUCUUCUAGUUGCAAUCGCCUUCAUCUAUACCCAGGUGAGGCUGUUUAAGGCCCAGUCUGAGUAUGCAGACAAAAUUGCAGUUGCAGUGGAAGGGGAAAAUCAUUGUACAAGCCAGAUGCGGUUCUUGAUUGAUGAGAUAAGUAUGCAGAAACAAAAGGUGGUGGUUUUGGAAGAAAAAGUGAGACGCCAAGAAGAGGAGUGUGAACAAUUGAGGACACUUGUUCAAAAUCUUGAAAAGAAAGGAGUCAAAAGCUUGUUUGAACAAGUAAAGGCACCAGUUGCAGCUGUUGUUAUUAUGGCUUGCAAUCGUGCUGACUAUCUGGAAAGGACUAUUAAUUCUAUUUUUAAGUAUCAUGACACUGUUGCAUCAAAAUUUCCAGUUUUUGUAUCCCAGGAUGGGUCAAAUUCUGAUGUUAGAACAAAGGCUAUGAGUUACAAUCAGUUGACCUACAUGCAGCACUUGGAUUAUGAACCUGUGGAUACUGAAAGGCCUGGGGAAUUAAUUGCAUAUUACAAGAUUGCACGCCACUACAAAUGGGCACUGGAUCAAUUGUUUUACAAACAUAAUUUUAAUCGGGUCAUCAUACUUGAAGAUGAUAUGGAGAUCUCUCCUGACUUUUUUGAUUAUUUUGAGGCUGGAGCAGACCUCCUUGACAAAGAUAGGUCCAUCAUGGCUAUCUCUUCAUGGAAUGACAAUGGGCAAAACCAAUUUGUGCAUGAUCCUUAUGCAUUAUAUCGUUCAGAUUUCUUUCCUGGGCUUGGAUGGAUGCUAUCUAAACCUACAUGGGAUGAAUUAUCUCCAAAGUGGCCAAAAGCUUACUGGGAUGACUGGCUAAGAUUACAAGAAAAUCACAAAGGCCGACAGUUUAUUCGUCCUGAAAUUUGCAGAACAUACAACUUUGGUGAGCAUGGUUCUAGUUUGGGACAGUUCUUUAAUCAAUACCUGAAACCUAUUAGGCUGAAUGAUGUCACGAUUGAUUGGAAAAAGAUGAACCUGACCUACUUAAUGGAGGAUAAAUAUGUAAACCAUUUUGCAAACAUGGUGAAAGAUGCAAAGCCUCUUUAUGAACCUAAUCUUGUUCUAAAGACAAACCAUGUAGAUGGAGAUGUGCGUAUACAAUAUAGAGAUCAAACUGAUUUUGAAGACAUUGCUCGCCAAUUUGGCAUUUUUGAAGAAUGGAAGGAUGGUAUACCAAGAACUGCUUACAAGGGAGUUGUUGUUUUCCGAUACAAAACAAUAAGGCGAAUAUUCCUGGUGGGCCCACAUUCCUUGGAACAGCUAGGGAUUCAAAACGAUUAGUGUAAUAUGAUAUUGAAAAAAUUGCUUUAGACCAUCUUUCUCCACAAGACGAAUAUCAUACCAGAAUCAAACACACAUAAACAUAUUUAUUAGUAUAUUUGUAGAGAGAGGUACAUUGUACACAGACACAAUGUUUCUAAUUUGUAACAUUUAUUUUAUUUGCUCUCGUAAAAUAGCUAGAUUGAUCCAAUCCUUUCAUUUUGAAAUGUAUGAUUUCUUUUUCUUAUGUAUCGCAUUCAUUAAUUCUGAGAAAACCAUUUAUCAUUCCAAGUUUGUAAAUACUCAA